UACAAUUGAGCUGAAGUGUCUUUAGUAUUUAGCUAGUGCAAUCACUAUAACCAAACUGUUUUACAGUCUGCAUGCAGCAUAUACAAGGUUGUCCUUUUUUUAGUAUCAAAAUCUCAAUGUGACUGGAUUAGAGUCAAUCACUCGGAAUAAAUCUAAAAACAUAAAUCUAAAAACAGGCUUAAGGCUCACAAUGUGGAUGGGUCUGAUCCCAAAUUCAUUUGCCAAGUUUCAAGCAAUUAGCUCACAUUUCAUAAUAAUUAUAUAGAUCUAUACUGUGUAUUACUUUUCCACAGCUGUCACAACUACCUGCAACAUGCAGUGGCAUUCCUCUCAUACCAGAUACAAUUAAUUUUAUAAGCAGACUAACUAGAUAUAGAUCUAUAGAGCUAUAACUAACUUUGUGAAUCUCACUGAAUAAUUAUAGUUGGACUUUCAAUGAUAGCAAUUUAGUUGUUAUAAUGAGCUACAGAAUUGUGAGUUUGACCCUGACAAUAUUCAUAAUCACAUCUGCUCACAAGAAAGUAUCCUGCAAUGCCCAAAUCUCAAAUGUGACCUCAUCAAGUUCUGGCAGUAAAUUUGUGGUCGGUUUCCCAAGAAAUCUAGGUGAAUUAGGAGUAUCCCAGUUGUUCUUGCUCAUCACAAACCCAGAGUCAAGUGCUGUUAGUUUCACAGUCACUUCAAUUGAUAGCAAUGGGAGCGUUUCUAACGCUUCAACUACAGUAAGUAUUCCAUCCAGUUUUGAAAUUAUGUCUGUAAAUGAAAGGACAAAGGGGAUCCUUGUUGAAGCUAACGGAAACGUCAAUGUGUAUGGGAUUUCCUUUGAAGAAUUUUCUGCAGAUGCUUAUUUAGCAUUACCCUGUACUGUAAUGGCAGUGGAUGAAUUUGAAUAUUAUGGAAUCUCCUAUGACACCUUAGAUGCAAGACCUAGUGUGAUUUUGUUGGUGCCUUGCGAAAAUGAGACUGUUCUAGAAUUCAAUUCCUCAACAAUAACACUCAAUAGUAUGGAAACAUAUCAGAUUGAAAGUGUUAAUGAUCUCACAGGAACAAGAAUAACAAGCUCCAAACCUUUGUCUGUGUUUAGUGGAUCUGAUUGUGCUAAUGUUCCAGAAGACGUAUUCGCUUGUGAUCACCUGGUUGAACAAGUGCCUCCGACUGUGACAUGGGGGUCAAAAUUCCUUGUGGCAUCUCUCGAGGGUAGAUCUUCUGGUGAACGUAUCCGUGUUCUUAGUACCCGAGCAGCAAGUGUAGCUGUGAACUGUAACACUGUUGUAUCAGUCAGCGAAUUCCAGUUACAGAGUGGAGGGAGCUUCAGAGAAUUUGAAAUACCUACCAACAGUUUUUGUAGCAUUGAAUCCACUUCUCCAGUACUAGUCGCCCAGUAUGCGUAUGGUAGUGCGAGUGAUGGCGUGGGAGACCCAUUCAUGAUGAUAAUUCCUCCAAUUGAGCAGUUUACAAAUAAUUAUUUAGUCGAGAGUUUAAGUAAUUUCGCAUCCAACUAUGUCGCGACGUAUGUUUCUUCUGAGUUUUUUCAAACUACACAAAUAUUAUUAGACAAUUCCAUUGUUACUGGGUGGCAGAAUGUUACAUGUUCAAGUGGAGAAGUUUGUGGCCACAUAAGUAGAACAAAUGUGUCCUCUGGAGAUCAUUCUAUUCGCCAUCAAAACAGCUCAGCUGUUCUAGGUGUUUCAGUGUACGGAUUCAGCUCAAGCAAUUCUUAUGGUUACCCUGGAGGCAUGAGAUUAUCUCCCAUACAAUGCAACUGUGGUCAAAAUUCUAUUUGUUUAAAUAACAUGGGACAGUUCAACUGUAGCUGCUUAAAUGGAUUUAUUGCUACAUUGUCAGUAACUAAUGACUUUGUAUGUAAAGCCAUAACCUGUCCUCCAUUGACUGCUCCUACUAAUGGAUCUGUGAUAUACAGUUCUACUGCUGAUGAAAAUGGAACCUAUGCCCUGGAUGUGGUUGCGACCUACAACUGUGACAAUGGAUUUUCUUUGGCUGGUGACCAAGCAAGGACGUGUACUGGAGAUGGCAACAGCACAACUGGUGCUUUUAAUGGAUUGCCUCCAACUUGUGAAUCCAUAACAUGCCCCGCUCUGCUCUUCCCGAACAACGGCAGUAUUGACUUUGGUGUAGCCUCACCUGAUGAAAACAGCACUUAUACUUUUAAUACGGUUGCUACCUACAACUGUGACACUGGGUUUUCUCUGGUUGGCAACCAAACAAGGACGUGUACUGGAGAUGGCAACAGCACUACUGGUGCUUUUGAUAGAUUACCUCCAACUUGUGAACGUAAGUGUAUACUUCUGUUUUGAGAAUCUAAAAACUUCAUUCAAUCUCCUUUCAGCCAUAACAUGCCCCACUCUGCUUUUACUGAACAACGGCAGUAUUGACUUUGGUGUAGCCUCACCUGAUGAAAACAGCACAUAUGCAUUUAAUGCGGUUGCUAACUACAACUGUGACACUGGGUUUUCUCUGGUUGGUGACCAAACAAGGACGUGUACUGGAGAUGGCAACAGCACUACUGGUGCAUUUGAUAGAUUACCUCCAACUU